CUCCGCCACCCACUUUUGCACCGCUUUCCGUCAACGGCGCGCUGAUACUCACGAUAGCGAGUCCUUGGCGGUCUUGGUGCAAUUCUUCCAUCCUAAUCAUCUUGUAUGUCACUGUACGAUUCCACAGUCCCAAUUCCAUGGCAGCGUCAAGCCUGCGACAUCGUCGACUACUACGGGUAGCAUAGUCAGUAGCUGACGUCCUGAUCGAUACGAGCGGGCUUUGGGGUUUCAUCCAGGCUUGAAAGUGUACUGGGUGCAGCCAAGCUUCUCUACGCUGAGCAUGCGAUGAUCCUCCCAGUUAUCUCGGCAUCCGAGCCGACGGCAUGACGAUGCUGCCCAGAGUUUAUGGCAAUGCAGAGCGAUGCUGAAAUAAAGCAAGGAGUUGUGGAGUAUAAAAUCAAGCGUGUUCCUCCUGCGGAUUUUACCUUUCCACGCCUUUUGAGAGUCAACUCGCGUCUGAACACUAUGAUGAAGCUCAAUUCUAUCCUUGGACUCCUCGCUGUGCCGUUGGUAUAUGCUGCACCACAGGUGGCAAGCUCUGCGUCGGCCCAGAAGUCUAGUGCACGAGUUGCUGCGACAGGCUCAGCUUCGCCGGAAGGGAACUGCCAUUUCCACGCUGGCGUCGAGUACUGCGUGGCUAGCAGCAUCGAGGCUUUUGCUACUACAACAGGUUCUGCCGUUAGGGUAGCCUCUUCCAUUGCAGUCUCGACGCCAGCUCCCUCCUCGGACCCUUUGACUACCGAGGAGACGGACGCUCUUUACCAACUUCAUGAAGAUCUUGUGAACAUCCCAUCCAUCUCGGAUGAUGAAAUCGAAUGUUCGGAGUGGCUUGAAGAGUAUCUGGGCGAGAAGGGCUAUUAUGUUGAAAGGGUGCCCGUGUCUGCUGGAGCUGAAGGUCGAUUUAAUGUCUUCGCCUAUCCACAGGCGAUCCGAGACAAUGGCGGUUGGCCCGAAGUCUUGGUUACUAGCCACAUUGACACCGUCCCGCCGUUUAUUCCCUUCGAGACGCGUGAAGAGAACGGCACAACGUACCACUUCGGCCGAGGCAGCGUCGACGCCAAAGGUCAAAUCGCGCCUAUGCUCAUCGCAACAGAGAAAUUCCUAGCGUCCCGUGACGACGAUCCACCAGUCGGCCUCCUAUUUGUUGUCGGCGAAGAGACAGGCGGAGACGGCAUGCAAGCCUUUGCAAAGUACGCCGCCAACGCGACCUUCCGCGCUGGAAUCUUCGGCGAGCCCACCGAAGGAAAGCUGGCGACUGGGCACAAGGGCGUGCUUGGUCUGACACUGAACGUUACCGGCCGCUCUGCGCAUUCCGCAUACCCGCAGCUUGGAUUAAGUGCACUCAAUUACCUGUCCCAGGCGAUCGUGCUCAUGAACACCCUCGAGCCGGCGUUGCCUCGCAGUGACCUUCUUGGCCCUUCCACCCUGAACGUUGGAACGAUCCGCGGCGGCCUCGCCACAAACGUCAUCGCGCCCAAUGCUACAGCCGGCGUCUCGAUACGGAUUGCUCGCAGCGAGAACGGCUCCGUGGAAGCAGUCCGCGACAUGAUAUCUGGCGUGAUUUCUCCUGUUAUUUCCGAGUUCGAGGCGAGGGGGGGAGUGUUCGAUGCCACAUUCAGCGAAGCGUUCUACCCAGCCCAGAUCCUGGAUACUGGCGUGCCUGGACUGGAAGAGGCGCCUGUGUUCUACGGAACAGACAUUCCGUUGCUGGCGAAUGUCGAGCAGAGGUAUUUGUUUGGCGUUGGCACGAUCGAGGUUGCGCAUACGCCGGAGGAGCAGCUAGCACAGGAAGACCUAGUGCAGGGCGCGGAGGCAUACGGGCUGAUUUUGAGGCACCUGUUUCCCGAGAAUUAAGAUAUAACACAAUAUAUCGUGGUUAUCAUCCU